AUGGAGGAGGAUGGUCAUAUAAUGUCUGGACCCUGCAAGGAAAGGAUCAACCCUGCUGCCCAGACUGGGACCCAGCUGGUCCCCCUACAGCUCAUCUCAGCCCUGAAGCCCCAGACUGGGACCCAGCUGGUCCCCCUACAGCUCAUCUCAGCCCUGAAGCCCCAGACUGGGACCCAGCUGGUCCCCCAACAGCUCAUCUCAGCCCUGAAGCCCCAGACUGGGACCCAGCUGGUCCCCAUACAGCUCAUCUCAGCCCUGAAGCCCCAGACUGGGACCCAGCUGGUCCCCCUACAGCUCAUCUCAGCCCUGAAGCCCCAGACUGGGACCCAGCUGGUCCCCCUACAGCUCAUCUCAGCCCUGAAGCCCCAGACUGGGACCCAGCUGGUCCCCCUACAGCUCAUCUCAGCCCUGAAGCCCCAGACUGGGACCCAGCUGGUCCCCCUACAGCUCAUCUCAGCCCUGAAGCUCCAGACUGGGACCCAGCUGGUCCCCCAACAGCUCAUCUCUGCCCUGAAGCCCCAGACUGGGACCCAGCUGGUCCCCCUACAGCUCAUCUCAGCCCUGAAGCCCCAGACUGGGACCCAGCUGGUCCCCCUACAGCUCAUCUCUGCCCUGAAGCCCCAGACUGGGACCCAGCUGGUCCCCCAACAGCUCAUCUCUGCCCUGAAGCCCCAGACUGGGACCCAGCUGGUCCCCCAACAGCUCAUCUCUGCCCUGAAGCCCCAGACUGGGACCCAGCUGGUCCCCCUACAGCUCAUCUCUGCCCUGAAGCCCCAGACUGGGACCCAGCUGGUCCCCCUACAGCUCAUCUCUGCCCUGAAGCCCCAGACUGGGACCCAGCUGGUCCCCCUACAGCUCAUCUCUGCCCUGAAGCCCCAGACAUUCACAGAUGAGAUGGGCAAUGGACACGGAGCUGCAUGACCCAUCAGUGUGUGGAGUGUGUGUGCAGCAGCAGGCAGCUUUGUCCCUGAACACCUUCAUCAGGAGGAAGACUACUCAACUAGACACUAACACACUGGAGGAUAAACUACACACACACCUCUACAACAGGGUACAACACACACACCUGUAACAGGGCACAACACACACACCUCUGCAACAGGUACAACACAACACACACCUCUGCAACAGAACACAACACACACACCUCUGCAACAGAACACAAC